UUGUCAAGUAUGCACUGAGGAUGGCAAUCACUUCCUACUCUAGGAAGAAUAUGAAACAUAGAAAAGGGGGAAAACUUUGUCCCAAAAAACAAAGGUAGCAGUGAUCAAAGGUGCAGAACCUGGGCCACCUUAUACAACUGGAGAAAAUCUUAUUACAAAUGCAGGAAAAAUGGUCCUGUUAGAUAAGCUGUUGCCUUAACUGAAGGAACGAGAUUCCAGAGUUCUAAUAUUUUCACAGAUGACUAGACUUCUGGACAUACUGGAAGAUUACUUGCUAUAUCGUGGUUACCAAUAUUGCCGAAUUGAUGGGAAUACUGGGGGAGAAGAACGGGAUGCUUCCAUUGAAACAAUUAAUCAACCUGGAAGCCAAAAGUUCAUUUUCUUACUUUCUACAAGAGCUGGUGGAUUGGGAAUUAAUCUUGCUACAGCAGAUGUUGUCAUUCUCUAUGAUAGUGACUGGAAUCCACAAGUUGAUUUGCAAGCACAGGAUCGUGCUCAUAGAAUUGGGCAAAAGAAAGAAGUUCAAGUGUUCCGUUUCUGUACUGAGUUUGCAAUUGAGGAGAAAGUGAUAGAGAGAGCAUACAAGAAGCUUGCACUUGAUGCCUUGGUUAUUCAACAAGGACGAUUAGCAGAACAUAAAACUGUUAAUAAAGAUGAACUUCUACAAAUGGUUAGAUUUGGUGCUGAAAUGGUUUUUAGCUCCAAGGACAGUACAAUAACUGAUGAGGAUAUCGAUCGUAUCAUAGCUAAAGGAGAAGAAGCGACUGCUGAACUUGACGUGAAAAUGAAAAAGUUUACAGAGGAUGCAAUAAAGUUUAAGAUGGAUGACAGUAUGCUGAUUCCUUUCUGAUAGCAAUUCCUAGAUAUUUCCUUGGAUGA